CGAACGGUAACAUUUUGUUGGUGAAAAUAUCCACGUACAUACCCUCUGGACCUUCGCGCAUUUGAGCGUUGGUGCAUGCUGUUUCCAGGUAUUUGAGGCCAUUAGCAGCGAGCACUUCGUCCACCUCGUGGUAUGCUGACUCUGCGCGAGCAAGUAACGUGUCGUAUGUAUCUUUAUCGAGAAGUAGAUCCCACGUGGAUCCCUGCACAUCGCCGACAGCAUCACUCACGACACCAUUAAAGCCGGCUAGCUGCUGCCGCGUUCGUCUCUGCAUCACCGCCUCCAUACUCUUAGCCAGCUUAAUCUGGCUUUCAAGGACCAACUUUAGCCUCGCGUUCUCGCGCUCCGCCUUCUCUCGUCGUAGCUGCUGAGUCGAUGCCAUGUCCCGCCAGACGGGAGGCAUCCCUGCAGUGUCGACGAUAGAUCGUGUGGUGGUCGUGUUGUUGGUUGAGUCCUUGUUUUCAAUGUAUUGCUGGCGAAGAGACAGAAGUUGCUCCUCCAUUUGCUUGACUUUGUUGCGCAGGUAGGCCAGUUCAUUCUUGCGGUUGUCGCGGGCCCGGUUCGGAUUCAGUCGCACCCGCUUCUUUGUCUUCCCACUAGCAACUUGCUGCGUACCUCCGCGGGAGCCUCGACGGGCAUUUUCACUGCCAUUAUUGUUCACCUGGGUGCUGCUGUUAGCCACGACAACAGCGCUGUCCGUCGGGCUGCCUGCCUGCGAAGUUGCCACGAGGGCAGCGGGCUCAGUCUUCACACCUGUGCUCAUGUUUGGGGAGCCCGACAGCCCCACUUCCAACAGCAAACUCUCCAGCUCUUCGUCCGCGAUCACUCCGCCCUCUGCGCUGGUGGGCAUCGAGGAAGAUGACUGCAGGGAUGAGACUCGGAAAGCACCAUGGACAUGCGGUAUCACCGACCCGUCGUGUGAGAAGUCGUCCACGAAGGACAGCGCCGCCUCCAGAGCCUCCAUCUCGUCGUCGUGCAGCAGCAUGCUUGCGGCGCCUCUCGAUGAAGAAGGGAUUUUGGGAUUUCUAUGAACUCCUUUGAUGAAAACCGUCUGGUCAUCAAAUCACCUGCAUUUUACACAAUCACACGAAGAUGGCAACGAAUGGCUGCACUAACUGGUUGAAGCUCAAGCUGAUCAGGCUACUGCACCAAAAUGAACGCCCGCAAUGAGAUUCGAUGCAACUCAGCAAGAAGGAGGAACUCUUUGGGGUGGCAACGAAAUGUUAUAAUACUUGUUACCUAGAAUAAUAGAAUUCUUGAUCGCUUACAGUAUUCAAACUAGUCAUUACUGAAGCAUCCCCAUUAUUUUUUUUUUAAUAUCUCCGUAUAUUUCGCUUACAAAUUUCAAGUAUAAUCCAGUCAAACCAUACCGGUAACGUACGGUAUGAUUCUGAUACCCAAAAUUGUUUUUCCAGGUCAGUAUUCAUUUCACAUCGAGGCUAGCGCACAGCGAUGGAGGAGGAUGACUCCAAGACGCUAGAGGAAGCGCUCUCUUUCCUCGCCGACUGCGAGACGUCAACGGAAUGGCUACUCGGAGCCGACGCUGCGCUGGACCUAGCGGACCUGGGUCUCGAUGAUAAUAGUGAUAAUCUGGACACGGACCUGGAACUACCAACGCUCACGGAACAUCCGAUUCCCGAGUUGGAAACAACUCCGCAUCAGCAGAUGACACCCCGCGAACCACCGACUUUGGAUUCCACGCUUGCUCUCUCGUGCCGUGGUGGCAGCCCCGUUUUCUCCACAGACAGUCCAACCUCAUUCACAAGCAGUCCGACGCUGCAGCCACAGAAUCCCAAGGGUAAGAAAACCAAGCAGCCCCGCAAAUACUCGAACCGCGCUCGAGAUGCCCGACGAGAGGAGUUGGUAUAUUUACGCCAGAAAGUGAAGGAUUUACAGCUCCAGUUGGACCAACUCCGCAGCACACACAAGCCUCAGACCGCUUCAGCGCAGUUUUCGUCCGUUGCGGCCCCGCCAUCAGCGGUGGAGCCGACGGAUGGCCCGAGGGUAAAGAACAAGCUGGCAGCCAUGCGCGUCACCAAACUAUCUACUGGAACACCUUCUGCCACCUUUUCGUCGGUUGCGGCUCCUAUGGGGAGCACCGCAUCACCAGCGCACCUGGCCGCAGUGUGGGGGGACAUGGCACAACGCCAGGCACUGGAGAGACAAAAGGCUGAACGCGAAAAUGUGCGACUAAAGUUGGUGCUGGAGAAGCAGAUCAAGGUGGCAAAAAGUCUCGAGCGCAUUCUCAGAAAGCGCCAAAAUGAACGAGACAUUCUUCAGGUCUUGGGUGGACCGAGCAAACGGAUUCGCCGAGUAUCGCCCGUACCGGGACCGGAUGCGGCUCGUGACGACCGCGCAGAUUUUGAUAUGCUGCUCUCUGGGAUCGAGAAAUCUCGUCAGGAGCUCGAUGUGGUUUUCGAAGCCAAUGGAUUGGGACGCAUGGAAACGGCUCAUCGCACAGCAAAGAUCGAGCAUGAUGCAACUCGGGGUAUGGUGAUGGAGAUCUACGCGAACAAGGUCAUGCCGUUUGGCAUGCCCACGACGGGGAAGGCAGUGUGGCGUCAUUUUGCACACUCGAUGGACCACAUGCCUCAUCGCACGUACUACGAGAAGCAACCGCUGCAUAUCGAAACAAGUGACGACACCGUAGUGGAACGCUACGGACUGGAGAUGACCGACGGUCAUACGAAUGGAGAUUUCCACGUGAAGCACAUUAUCCGGCGGUAUGUGGAACAGGAUCGUAUCAUUGUUGUGUGGCGUACGAUAACGGAUACGGUGGAAUUCUCGGCCGAGCCAACACCAGGUAUCCGCUUUUUGGAAAAGGGCUACAUCGUGAUCAAGCCUCCCGCUACAGGUCAGGAGGACUGUACGUUGAUGCAGACAUGCUACAUUAUUCGCCCCGAAUUUCGCGAUCGUAAUGGACCUGAUCAGUCGCGCAAGGUUGGCGCACUCACGGACUUCGUACUGAGUUCCGUGACUGGUAGUAUCAGUGCGAGCCACCAGAUGAUCGAGAAUGUACUUCUCAGCGGGGCUCUCAAAAAGCACAUCUAACGGAUCGCUUGUUCCAUUGCUGUCAUCUCACUCGUCUCGAAAUGGGAAAAUAAUCCUGAAAGUAACAUAAAGCUCACCAAGUCACGAUAAACGUUGCCGUUCUGGUAACGUUAAUUACAAAAUGUGUUGUACAAAGUUUCGUACCAAUCGUCAACCGUAGUAAGCCUGGCUGGUAUGAAGCUCCGUGUCCUAAUGACUCCACAGUCUAAAAGAGUUGAGUGAUUUCCUGUCUUGCAGUUGCUACAGGAGUUUUUCUUCAACGGCGCUCUCCUGGUUUGUCACCUGCGUCAACGCAUUUGGUUCAGGUCGGAAUCGGAGCGCUCCAUCCAACAGAUAGUUCUCAAUCAUUUGGUGACUGGAGCUAAUGGUGUGUGAAACAGAGUCCAACAAAAAAUCCGUUAGAGUGGUGAGAAUGCGCUCUCGGUCAGCAACAUGACCGUAAAUCUCCGGGCGGAGAACGUAGCACGUUUGUAUUAGGGCGCCUCGGCGGCCACUAGCAUUCGGAAGAGCCUUGACCACAGUAAAACACUUCUCAUGAAGGCGUACACCUUUCGUGGGCUCGGCAGAAAGCUCGAGCGCCUCGGAAUACAUGGGCCACGCGAUGACAACCCGGUGAGGCUGAACAAACUUCCGGCGGAUCUGACGCACUCUGAAGGCGGCAGUGGCAUUGCGGCUACCAACGAGCUCUAGACCGAAGCUCUCCAUCAACGUAUCGUCCGUUGUUUCCGUCUUCUACGUGGCAACAGAAAAAAAAUCAAGAAUCAGAACUCAUUACGACUAAGCUCAGCACCACAAGAAUUGAGGCUACCUUUAGUUGCUUCUGAUAGACAAAACGCGAUGGGAUGUGGUCCAUGGAGUGAACGAAAUGCUCCCAGACUGCGUGGCUCGUAGCUUCGACGCUAAACGGAACGACCUUGUUGGCGAAUAUCUCCAUCACAGUUGUCCCGUUCUCGCGCCGCACUUGGGCAUCCGCGUACGUUUUCUCCAUGCGAGCGAGCCCGAUUGCCUCGAAAACAACGUCCACUUCGUCCAGCGCAGUCUCCAAUUCCUUCUCUAGACGAGCAAAAAUGGCCGCCUCGUCCUCUUCCUCUGUCGAUGUAGGCUUACGGUGCUGCAAACUAGUUAGAUAUUUGCCCUGAAUGGACUCCAUUACCUACACGUUCGUACAUACCAACCCGGCCACAGCAUUGUUAGCAGGAAAAUCUUCACGUGCCCUCACAACGUCGGAGUUCAACUCACCCGUAAGCUGGUGCGCUUCGUCAGCAUCUUCUCGAGACUUUUGGCCAUCUUGAUUUGGCCCUCGAGGAUGAGUUUCAGUCGAAUAUUCUC